UUUUUUUAGGUAUUUGCAUUGAAUAAGUUGAACCCCAAGUGGUUGUUUGUGGUGGUUAAGCGGCUGCAGAGAAAAAAAAAAUGAAACCAAAACCAAAAGCAAUCGAAGGACUCUUUUGCUAUCAUCGCCCUCAAACUUUGUUCUCUAAACGAAUUAGAUAGGUGGCGGAUUUUCCAACCAAAUUAUUUAAAGCCAAAACAAAACAAAACCCUCUCUUUGUUACCUCCUCCAAAUAUCUCUCUCUCCUUCUGAGUUUCCUUCUAUCUAUUAAACCCUCUUCUUGUUUUGGAAAAAUAGUUAGAGAGAGAGAGAGAGAGGAAGAGGAAGAGGAGAGAGAGGGAGAGAGAAGAAAUCAUGGCUGGAAUUGCUGGUCCUUGUUCUUCUGGUUUGCUGUUUAGAUCAAGAGAAGCUGGGAGCAUUAAUGGAGCUUCCAUGGCACAGUUUGAUGGGCUUAGGCAAGUGGAGACCAUGCAUAUGCCUGUAAAUGGUAACAAGUCAAAUGGCUUGGGUUUUACCUCAGCACCAAAAUGCAGGAUAAUCAAGGCCAUGGCAUCUUCAACUGUUUCUGCUCCCAAAAGAGAAACAGAUUCCAAGAAACGAACUGUAAUAACAGGAAUGGGUCUAGUCUCAGUUUUUGGAAGUGACAUUGAUACAUUCUACAACAAACUCCUGGAGGGAGAGAGUGGGAUCACUCUAAUAGAUAGGUUUGACGCUUCAACCUUCUCAGUUCGGUUCGCUGGACAGAUACGUGAUUUCUCCUCUAAAGGCUACAUUGAUGGGAAGAAUGAUCGCCGUCUAGAUGAUUGCUGGAGAUACGGUAUUGUUGCUGGCAAAAAGGCCCUUGAAGAUGCCAACCUUGGACCUGAAGUUCUCCAAACUAUGGAUAGAACAAGGAUCGGAGUGAUUGUGGGGACUGGCAUGGGAGGCUUAACAGCUUUCAGCGCUGGAGUUGAAUCUCUUAUUCAAAAGGGAUACAAAAAGAUUAGUCCAUUUUUCAUUCCUUACUCCAUUACCAACAUGGGGUCGGCUUUGUUAGCAAUUGACACUGGCUUAAUGGGACCCAACUACUCCAUCUCCACUGCUUGUGCCACCGCAAAUUACUGUUUUUACGCAGCUGCGAAUCACAUUAGAAGAGGUGAAGCAGAUAUUAUGGUAGUUGGUGGAACUGAGGCUGCAGUCAUGCCUACUGGUGUUGGUGGGUUUAUUGCUUGCCGGGCUUUGUCUCAGAGAAACGAUGAACCCCACAGAGCUUCCAGACCAUGGGACAAAAAUCGUGAUGGUUUCGUUAUGGGAGAAGGUGCUGGUGUACUGGUUAUGGAGAGCUUGGAAAGUGCAUUGAAAAGAGGAGCACCGAUAAUUGCAGAGUACUUAGGAGGUGCUGUGACAUGCGAUGCUCAUCACAUGACUGAUCCUAGGUCAGAUGGUCUUGGUGUAUCGUCUUGCAUAACCAAGAGUUUAGAAGAUGCUGGAGUUUCCCCUGAAGAGGUGAACUAUGUGAAUGCUCAUGCAACAUCUACACUAGCAGGGGAUUUGGCUGAGUUUAAUGCAAUCAAAAAGGUCUUUAAGGACACAUCCGAGAUGAAGAUCAACGGGACCAAGUCAAUGAUCGGACAUGGUCUUGGAGCUGCUGGGGGAUUGGAAGCCAUUGCAACCAUUAAAGCAAUCAACACUGGCUGGCUCCAUCCUACAAUUAAUCAAGAUGACUUGGAGCCUGCUGUUACAAUUGACACUGUCCCGAAUGUGAAGAAGCAACAUGAGGUUAACGUUGCUAUUUCAAAUUCAUUCGGCUUUGGCGGACACAACUCCGUGGUUGUCUUUGCCCCCUUCAGUCCCUAAAUAACAUUCAAGCCAUGAAGAAAAGAAAUAUCUUACACUAAUAUUUCGCUACUUAGAACCAUUGAUUCGGUGAUGUUUCCAUUUCUCUGAAGCAUACAAGAUGAGUAUGAGCAUCAAGUGCACUGUGAGGAGUCCUCAAGCUCAUGUAGCCCUUUUCCGUGUGCAAAUGAUCGGAUUUAGUGUGAGAAUGAAGUGCAUUGUCAAGAGUCCUCACGGGCAUGAAACGGAUUUAGGGUUUCUACAUUUUUUUUCCCUUGAAUAAAACAUGAAAUCAACUUUUUAUUUUUGCUGUUCUUGCCCCACGGUGUCUUGUUUGCUGAUUUUUCUGUUUGUAGUGAAUUUUGUAUGGAGGAGUUCAAAACAUAAUUGGCCCAAUAAAGGACUUGAAUAAAAUUUCCUUCACCUUA